CUCUUUGCUUAAUGGGUGCUCUUAAUUAUCUUUCCAACUUUUGCACUGUCACUAGAACAAGGACCAAGAGGAAAACAAUGCAGAAAGGUGAGAUCAAUGUCAAAAUGGAUUGUGAUGGCUAUGAAAGAAAAGUUAAGAAGGCUGUUUCGACUAUGAAAGGUGUAGAAAGUGUGGAGGUGAACCGAAAACAAAGUCGGGUAAUUGUAAACGGGUAUGUGGAAGCAAACAGGGUUUUGAAGAGAGUUAAGAGUACGGGCAAAAGAGCUGAAAUUUGGCCAUACAUCCCUCAACAUCUUGUCCAUUAUCCACACGCCUCCGGAGCCUACGACAAAAGGGCACCACCAGGUCACGUUAAGAAUACAUUUGCUUUUCCGGCCUCUGAUGCAUCUGACAACAACAUUGUCUCAUUUUUCAGUGAUGUCAAUGUAAAUGCUUGUUCUAUAAUGUAG